AACUAAUCUCGGAAUAUCGCAAUUAAAAAUGGCUCACAACACCAAAUUGUGAGAAUAUACAUUACCCAAUUUGCAAAUCCAAGCUGUGAAUUCGUUAUUAUAACAGCCACAUUUGACCAAAACAGCUGUACAUAAUAUUAAUGCUGAAAGAAUAGAUUUUUUUCUGUCCACUGCAUAGGUUUGAAAAAACCUCGAAUCUUGAUCUUUAUCUAUUCAGAUAUUUGAGAGAGGGAGAGAGAGAGAGAUGGCGGGUGGAGGAAUCGUGGAUUCAAAUGGGGGAGCGAGGGCUCAUCUCUAUGAGUAUACAAUCACUCCUUAUUUCAUUUUUGCUUGCAUUGUUGGCUCCAUGGGCGGUUCCCUCUUCGGCUAUGAUCUUGGUGUUUCUGGAGGGGUGACUUCCAUGGAUGACUUCUUGAAAGAAUUCUUCCCGAAAAUAUACAGAAGGAAACAAGAGAAACUCCACGAAACAGACUACUGCAGAUACGACAACCAGAUCCUCACAUUGUUCACAUCCUCACUCUACUUAGCCGCACUCGUCUCCACAUUCGGCGCCUCCCAUGUCACCCGAAACAAAGGCCGCAGGGCCAGCAUCAUCUGCGGCUCCAUCAGCUUCUUCGCCGGUGCAAUCAUGAAUGCAGGAGCUCAGAACAUCGCCAUGCUCAUCAUCGGCCGCAUCCUCCUCGGCUUCGGCAUUGGCUUCGGCAAUCAAGCAGUGCCGCUGUACCUUUCGGAGAUGGCCCCUGCAAAGAUACGCGGCGCCAUCAACCAGCUCUUCCAGCUGACCACGUGCUUGGGGAUCCUCGUAGCCAACUUUGUGAAUUACGGCGUUGAGAAAAUCCAUCCGUGGGGAUGGAGGCUGUCCCUCGGGCUAGCAGCGGUGCCGGCCUUGUUCAUGUUCGUGGGCGGGCUCCUCCUCCCGGAGACCCCCAACAGCCUCGUGGAACAGGGGAGGUACGACGAGGCCAGGAAGAUUCUGGAGAAAGUGAGAGGCACUCCCAAGGUUGAUGCAGAGUUCCAAGACCUCAUUGAUGCCAGCAAUGCCGCCAAGGCUAUCAAGCAUCCUUUCAGGAACCUCUUGCAGAGGAAGAAUCGGCCCCAGUUGGUCCUCGGGGCCAUUGGCAUACCGGCCUUUCAACAGCUCACCGGCAUGAACUCCAUACUCUUCUACGCCCCCGUCUUCUUCCAGAGCUUGGGCUUCGGCUCAGGCGCCUCUCUCUACUCAGCCGCCAUCACCAGUGCUACCUUGGUUGUGGCCACUCUCAUAUCUAUGGCCUUUGUUGACAAGUUUGGCCGGAGGGCUUUCUUCUUAGAAGCUGGCUGUGAGCUCUUCAUAUGCUCGGUUGCAAUAGCCAUUACUCUAGCGCUGAGAUUCGGGGAAGGCAAGAUGCUGCCUAAAGGGAUCGGUAUCUUCCUGGUGGUGGUGAUCUGCGUAUUCGUGCUGGCAUACGGGCGGUCAUGGGGGCCGUUGGGGUGGUUGGUCCCGAGCGAGCUGUUUCCGUUGGAGACGAGAUCAGCCGGGCAGAGCAUUGUGGUGUGUGUGAAUAUGCUCUUCACUGCACUCAUUGCUCAGUGCUUCCUGGCGGCUCUGUGCCAUCUCAAAUACGGCAUCUUCUUGCUCUUCGCGGGCUUGAUCUUCAUCAUGAGUUGCUUCAUCUUCUUCUUGUUGCCGGAGACGAAGCAAGUCCCCAUUGAGGAGAUACAUUUGCUGUGGCAGAACCACUGGUUCUGGAAGAGAUAUACUAAACCUGAAAAGAAUAUGGACAAUUAUUGAUAUAUAGCUAUCAUUAUGGAUGUAUGUUGAAAUCGAUUCACAGUUUGUUUGUAUCAGGAAUUGUAAACGUGUCUCACAAAAAUCAGUGAGUCUUUCUGUCUUGAUGAAUCGAUGGUGUUGCCUUUAUUGAUCAAGUAUAAAUGUAUAAUACAGUUUACAACCAA